AUGUUUCCCAUCAUGUCUUUUGGGAACAGCUCCGACUCGGACUCGGACUCCAGUUCCUCAUCCGCGGGGCGCAACAUCACCCACCCGCACCAUCGAAAAUAUAUAGCCAGCAUGCCAGUAACCGUCAGUAAACCCCGAAAGACAAAGCAACAACCUCCUCAGGAAAUCAUCGACGAGUUCUGGGCGAAGUUCACUACCAAAACCCCAGGCAAAGCUACCACUGUCGUUCCUCAGAAUGCAUACGCAGAGAGGGUUGCGAAGCGAUCUGCCACUGCCAUAGGCAUCGGCACUCAAGUUUCGUACGACGAGGCCGCAACUGUCUGCAGAGCCAAAGUCGAGAAAAUUGUACAAGAGUGUCGGAGGGUAAACCAGCGAUACAGAGACCCUCAUUACGAUAUCGAGUUCGACCUGAAGUUUGGACGGCGAGAUUGCCUCGAAUCGCUCUGUAAUACCAGGGGUGAAGAGCCGCCACAGUCCACAUUCCACCCCAAGGCCGUCAAGCGAGUUGUCGAUAUCUUCGACAGCCCGCAGUUCUACAUUGACGGGCCUACGGCUAAUGAUGUACGCCAAGGCAGGGAUGGAGACUGCUGGCUGAUGGCUGCGCUGUGCAACCUCAGCAACAAACCCGGACUGAUCGAGAGAGUUUGCGUUGCCCACGACCAAGAUGUCGGCGUGUACGGGUUCGUCUUUCACCGCGACGGAGAAUGGUACAGCGAGAUCAUUGACGAUAAGCUAUACCUCACAAAACCUGACUACGAUGAAGGCUAUCUCGAACGCAUUCUGUGGGAAGACCGGGAGCGUGUCAACUCCGAGGAAGCCUACAGGCGCAUCUACCAGACAAACAGCGGUGCUCUCUAUUUUGCCCAAUGCGAGAAUCCAAACGAAACGUGGUUGCCUCUCCUCGAGAAGGCUUAUGCAAAGGCGCACGGCGACUAUGCGUCUAUCGAGGGUGGGUUCACCGGCGAGGCCAUCGAGGACCUUACGGGAGGCGUCACAUCCGAGAUAUACACGACCGACAUCCUUGACAGGGAGUAUUUUUGGAAUGAGAAGCUCCUCAAAGUCAACCAAGACUGGCUUCUUGGCUGCUCCACAGGAUUUGCAUCGAGAGGCUGGGGCGAACGAAAGGGCAUCAUAGAAAUGCAUGCCUAUAGUGUCAUGAAAGCAGUCGAGAUGGAUGGCCACAGACUGGUCCUGCUGAAGAAUCCUUGGGGCAAGGGAGAAUGGAAAGGUGCCUGGAGUGACGGCUCUAAGGAAUGGACCUCGGAGUGGUUGCAAAAGCUCCAACAUACGUUUGGCGACGACGGAGCUUUCUGGAUCUCCUACGAUGACCUUCUCAAGAAGUACAACAUCUUUGAUGCGACUCGGCUCUUUGGCCCUGACUGGGAGGUCACGGCCAUAUGGACAACUCUUUCCGUACCAUGGACACUGGAUUACCACGAUACAUACUUCGCCUUCACAAUCUCGAAGCCAGGACCUGUGGUUCUUGUUCUGGCACAACUGGAUGAGCGCUACUUUCGGGGGCUCCAAGGACAGUACAGAUUCGAUUUGCAACUGCGUCUACACAAAGCCGGCCAGGAGGACUAUGUCGUACGGAGUCAAGCAUCUUACCGCAUGAACCGGUCUGUCAAUGUUGAGCUUGAUCUCGAAGCUGGUAGCUACGAGGUCCUCGUCAAGUUGGAUGCGGUGCGAAAUGACCAGUUCCUUCCCAUCGAACAGGUCAUCCGGAAUAAUGCCAAGGGCCGCCGCGAGAAGCUGAUCCGAAUGGGUUUGGCAUACGACCUUGCUCACAGCAAAGGGAAGGUUUCUGAGUCACCAAAGGAGAAGGCAGUUAGAGAAGCCCACGAGAAGAAGCAGCGGGAAAAGAAACGGGCUGAAAUCAAACGCAAGAUCCUCGAGAAACGAGAGCAAGACCAUUACCUCAAAACCAAAGCCGUCAAGAAGAGGCAGAAAGAGGAUGCAAAACGCAAGGCACGGCAAAGGGCUAGAAUGGAGAAGCUAAAGGCCUCCAAAGGACCUUGCCCUUUGCCACCGAAGCAACCAGACAUCCAUGCCACCACCUCGGGGGUCUCAGAGCUUUCAAAACCAACGUCCGGAAGGCGUACUCGGAUUCGAGAAGUUGAUUGUGCGGAUCUUGAGUUUGCAACCAGCGUGUUGAGAGUAGAAGAAAAGGCUCAGAGUCACGGCAAGCCUGAUGGUCAUGCAGAGGUGACAGUUCCUAGAGAACCACAUGUCUUACCUCGAGCCCAAGACGGAGCGAAACCGCCCAAUAGCAAGCAAGCCGGGAUACUCGCUCUUUACUCCGAAGAAAUGUCCACAGAAUUGCCAAAUCCAACUCUCGAUACCCGGCAGUCGAAAGUUGAUGCGCGCCAGGUCGCCAGUGUCAAGAGCGAAGACCACGAAGCCACUCCGCAAGCGAGCGAAGCAGCCAUAAGUGAGGCGACAGCCCCUUCAGAAGCCUCCGAGCAUUUACUAUGCGAGUCCGACGACGAUGACUUUGCAAGUGUUUCCAGCUUGUCGGAGCUCUCGGAGCGUGAACUGGAACUCCAUAUCGAUGCAGUGGAGGCACAAGAGCGCGUUCCUGUCGGUCGUAUGCCGCCGCAGCCAGCCGCAGCAGCAUCCGUAGAUGACCAGGAUGAGUUCGAAAGGGACCCUUGGAACGCCGUGGCUGUCGUAGGUCUUCGAAUAUACUACAAAACAUCGGAGGACUACCAAGACGAAAUCAUCGUCAAGCUGCGAGUCGUGCGACCAAGCCCCUACGAUGAAGCAGAGGAAGGGCCGCCCGAAGCCUCGGAUCCGGGCGAUAAUAAGUCGAAAGGCUUGGAUGUGGACGACAGCGCCAAAGAUGCCACUCUGGAGGGUGAGAUUCAACAGCGAAAGAAGAGCAUCAGGCCUACCAGCGAGGAUCUUGGCGAUGCAUCCUCGUCCAAGGCCUGCGACGAUCUUGUCAGAAGAACGUGAGCUGCAGCAGGUGCCGAUUGGUUCCUAGUGAGAGCAAACUUCAAUGUUUGAGGUGGGCAGGGUUCAGGCAAAGCCUCCGCAGGGAAUGGAUUGGACAAGUUGCUUUUUGUUGGUAUUUGGGGUAUUCUCGUAAACUAGAACCUAACGCCUCUCCCCUGUUGGUAUUCGUAUCAAUAUACCGUUAUGACCCUAUAGGGUCGGGUAUUUGUUUCUCACUUCUCUUUUGUCGUUGCGUUUGCCGCCGUUGAGACGUCGAUCAGAAGUGGUUGAGGAGGUCGUCGAGCUUUCGUUUCUCUCCCGUAGCCACGGAUCUCGUGGCGAGGGGAUCGUCCUCCCCGAAUGGGCUCACGGGCUCCGUGGACGCAGGCAGAAGGUUGACGCGGCCACCGACACGUGCCAAAAGAACUCGCAUACUCUCCAUCUCCUUCUCUACCUCGCCGUCGCGGGUGAUAAGAUUCUCCUGCACGCCGAUGCCGUCAUCAUCGGAGCGGAAGGGGUCGAGUAAGGCCUUCAUGCGCCGCAAACGCUCAAGGCGAGCGGUGGUCUGGUGCCUCUGCUCAGCGAGCGAUUUUAGGCGAUCCACUUGCUCUGUGUACCGCUUGGCCUCCAUGGGAUACAUGGUCACGUCGCGGUCAACCGGCCAAGUCGGCGGAAGGGACUUGACGGCAGCCUCCUCGGCUUUUGUGCUACUGUUAGACAUCCGUGCUGCCGAGGGUGGCCUUGAUAAAAAGCGUGCUCGGAGUACCAUGAGAAUGACGUACUAAGGUCCAAAGAGAGAGACAGGCCCUCGGCCGGCUCGUGGUCCUGCGCCGCGGGCGGCUGAGACAGGUAGAGUGCGUCGAUCUGCUCGGCGACGUGGCGACUCGCCUGAUGCGAGUAGGCGCGUCGCGAGUGCUGCAGUACGGUGGUGUUGAGGCGGGCGACGACGUGCUCAACGACCGGGUCCGGGAGGGGGGACUCGGCGGCCUCGUUUGCGGCGAGCCAGGGGCGGGAAGGUCGGAGGGGCUGCGAGAAGAGACGGGUCUGCGCGGCGAGGAAGGCUUGUUUCUGGGCGAUUACCGUAGGCGGAGGGGCCUGCGUUGAUGCCAUCUUGAGUCGCAGGGACGGUUACACGCAGCAGCUGGGCGUAUCUUUGUACAGAGGGUGCUAGAAUGAAACGACAUCCAGGAUGGCCUAUCUGCCUAUCCAAAGUACCUAGGUAGCUAGGUAGGAAUCGAACAUAGGCCGGAUGGACCGAGGGGUGACG